UUAGUUUAUACAGUCGUGCAGAAGAGCAAUGCUUGAGUACCAGAAGUAAACCACGUGGGAUGUCAUCGGGGAGGUUUUGUUAAAAGUAGUUUAUAAUGUGGUGUGAAACGAUGAAAUAUUGUAAAGUAAUGCAAAUGUGUUUUUGUUUACACCAGGUAUGAUGGUUAUCCUGCAACCUGUGUCAAAGUAAUUUUCUGACGUGCUCUUGCUCCAGACUUAUUUAGAGGGUAUUCGUCUGUUCGGAACCAGAUAUACAUGUUUAAAAACUAAAGACUGACAAAACGACAUUAUGAAUAACAAGUUCCCAGUGGCGCAGUUCCCCAGGUUCUAUAACAACGGUCCACCGCGCAAGAAACCCAAUUCCAUCCCCUCAGUUGAUGGAUGGGGAGAAUACGGGCAUGUCAUGACAAUCGGUACAAUGCAGUCACGCGGAGCUGAUUUGAAAUUUGAGGCCCAGCACAGUUUAAAGGGAGAGAAAUGGAAGCCAGUCGAACCCAUAGCAGUUCCUCUGUUGCAACCGAAUUCAGCCUGCAAGGUUUCCACUGUUACCCCAGCAGACCUGACUGCAAAAGGGAAAACCAUAAGACACAGUGGAGAGCAUGAGUCUUUAAAAGGGGCUUUAGACUUCACAGAACAUAUGAGUAAUUUCUACCUUGAUAACUGUGAUGAUGCCUUCAGUGCAAUGGGAGGACUCCUCGAGGAACACCUAUAUUUUGGUGAUGGCAGUCUCAAGGGAAGAAUAAGAGAGACUACCAUUGGUUUCUCACGCCUGAAUACAUUUUUAGAGAAUAUGAAGCACAAAACAUCGAGGCUCCUUAGCUACCUGUUUGAUGAUACCAUUUAUGACAUCCCUCCUGCGCUGCUGGCUGAGAACAUCCAUGAGGAGAUGGCUCUGCAGAGGAACAGGGCGCUGUUUGACAGUGCGACCACAGGGGGCGCCCUAGGUUACUUCCCACUCGAGGAGAAAGAAUGCUCUCAAGAGGGGUGUCUGAUUUACCCAAGCAAAGCUGCCCUGAACUACCUCAAUUUCCGUAAGGUUGUGAUGGAGUUUGGUGAGGAGGAUACCCCGAAGCUAAGCGUGAGAAACAAACCGGUAACAUUUGAGUUGAAUGGGACCAUCCGGCAAAUCAGCAUGGGGACUGUGGAAGAGCAAGUUUAUGUAGGUGUCCGCUCAGAUUAUCUCUGUGGUGUUUGGAAAGUCGGCUGCAAAAUGAAACCAGCCUCCCUUCAGGUCAUUCAAACAGAGCAAAUUGCCACUUGCAUCAACGUUAGUCCCCACAUUCCGGGAGAGAUGCUUGUUGCCAGUGAAAGUGGAGCUGCAUAUCUGUGGAGUCUUGAAAGAGGUCUCAAUAAGAUUCGACAUGAAACUGAGAACUUGCACUUCAAUGCCCAGUCCUCCUGGAGGUGGUGUGAUUUCACUGCCCACCCUAGAGUGGUGACGUACGCUGACAGGUCAGGAGUGGACCUUACAGACAUGAGGUCCCCAGAAAAUCAAAGCCAGGCCUUGUUUUUAAUUGGAGAAGCUUCAGAGUGCAGUAAAGGGGAGAGAGUGAUCCUGCCCAAAUAUCUAUGUGAUGUAAAUGCCUAUCACUACCUCAUCACUACACAGUAUUCAGCGUAUAUUGUAGAUGAGCGCUUUCCUUGUGUGCCGGUAAUGAAGUGGGAACACAUGCUGGAGUCUCCACCAAUGUUUUCCCUGGUGUUACCUGGGGAACCCUGGGGCAGGAGUAACAAGGUGUUGUUGGCAACUCAGUGCUCACAGGAACUCUUGCUGCUGCAGUAUUCAGGUGGUACCCAGAUUGCUUGCCAGUCUCUUGCUCCUCCUCAGAAGCUUUCUAGCCCUCCUGAUUGCCUGAAGCAUCUCCCUGUCCAGAUACCUCACAGAGAAGGCGCUGUGAAUGAAAGACUGAGAUCACAUGGGGCAGGUUUGAUGGCUGUGUAUCAUCACUGUGCACCAGAGUCCCUGUGUGUGCUCCAGCUGUCUCAGGCAGGAGACAUUUUCUACCAGAUGCUGAGACAUGAAAAAAACCCUGAUGAUACAACGGCAAGAAAUACAGAAACAGAGUCUAGCAAUGAAGAGCCUAAAGAAAAUACUGGAGCAACACAGGAGUCAAGUGUGGAGCAGCAAGCUAAAACGGUUGCCAUGGAGAACAAUCUGGAGAGUGAUGAGGAACAAGGGGCUUUCCACCAGCUUGAGAUUGUGGUAAACGACGCUGAAGAGCAGACAGAUUUGGAUGCACACACAGAGCCUCAAAGUGGGUCACCACAGUUCACACAAGAAAAUGGGUCCCACCUUGGAAAUGACGAAGAUCAACCUUCCACAGAAACCUGCCACCUGGAUGAAACAGUGAUCCCCAGCAGAACAGCUCUUGCCAGGUGGAAAAUGUGGCUAAAGACUUUUUUUAAAAAGCAACACAAGCUCCCCAAGCAAAAAAAAUCUCUCAGAAUUUACAAUGCCAGAAGAAUUCCCAAUUACAAACCAACAUCAGAAAACACAAUUUAUUGCGAUGUGAGAGAGAAAAUGAAGGUUGCAGUUAAAGAGAGGAAGGUAUUAAGCAGCAGAACAACCCAGCUGCAUCCCCUGGAGAUUGUCACUGUCCCAGACCCUGUGGACCCCUCGCUUUGGACUGAUGAGCUGAGUGAGCGUCUCACUGCUUCCUGGAAGGGCAGGUGGAGCAGCUGGUGGGAGGAUAAGCUGGGGUUAAACCGCGACCAGAAGAUUGAGGCCUUGCGCAGGAAACGGAAGUGGCAGAAGCAGGCCCGAGCUCACAACCGCAGGGUCCUCUCCCAAAGCUUCACCUCGUCCACCAGCUACCAAUCUGACCUGUCUGACUUCAGCGACUUUUCAGGGUGGUCCUCGGCAGCUAGCAGUGCUGAAGAAACUAGUGGCCCAUCCUCGCUACCUGACACAGACACUACCUCGCUGUGUUUAUCUACCCAGAGGUCCUCAAGUCUUGGAACUGGAACAGUCACCACAGAUUAUCCAGCAGCAGUUUCCAAUCAAGAGACGGUAUGUUCUCACCAUUCCAGUACAAAAGCUUUCCCCUCUUUAGCACUCCCAAAGACAGGCACUCCGAGGGACCCAAAGAGGAAAACCCAGGAUUGCCUGGCCGCCUUGUCUGAUCCGCAAAAUAGCGUGGAGCAGGAUGAGGACAACAGCUGGUCCUUUCCGUUGGUUUCUUCACAGAGUUCCUCCAUUCCCAAAUCCUCUCAGACAAACCGCUGGGCGAUACCUUCCUCUCAGGGGUCAGUGAUGUCUUCACAGCCCAGAAAGAAAAAGUCAAGAAUGGGCUUCUAA